AUGUCCAUCGAAGUCAAUUGGGGGACCGCCACCUCUGGUCCGGACGGCGAAGCUUUAGCUGAGCGCAUUCGUUCUUUCAUCCACGAUAAAUUCCAGCAGGUGCCCCUCCCACGCUUCAUCCGCUCAGUCCAAGUUCACUCCUUCGACUUCGGGACUGUCGCCCCUGAUCUAGAGAUCAAGGACUUUUGUGAACCAUUCGCCGACUUCUACGAAGAUGACGAGGGCGGUGACUCGACAUCAGAGAUAUCGGAAGAGCUCCAACACUCUCCUCACGACAAUCCGUGGGCCAGAACGCAGUCGGAGCUUAAUGAAGCUUCUUUUCGAGACGAUAGACCAGUAGCUGGCCAGCAUGCACUUCGGGACCCCUUUGAUGCGGAUUUCCGCCAACAUGCCUCUUCGCCAUUACGGUCGCCGAUAGCCCUAGGAGACCACUUGAACUCGCACUUCCUACCCCGCGCCGGCACCCCAGGUAUACCCGGCGGAACCUCGACACUGGGUUACCACCUCAUGUCACUAGGAGGUCUGUCAGGCACUCAGACGCCUCUUGCGGCCGUCGCCGGUGGCUCGCCAUUCACAAACAACUGGACAGACUCGUCAGCAUUGGGACAAGGCAACAGAACUGGAAAUCGACCGUCCCCGCUCCACCGCGCCGACGGCGAUACCGAUUCCAGCAACCCAGCUUCUCGCCCUUCGACAGCAAGCACGCAUCCAUCCGCUUCGAAUCAUAAUAGCGGCGAUGCAUCGUCUCACCCAGAAGAACGCUCCCAUCACCACGAAGAUCCAUCCUCAUCCUCGACGAACCCGCUUCUUCAAGACCAACCGCCGCCGCGCAUGCGAGAACGCCGACCUGAAGACUUCCAAAUCCUUUGCCACGCCAAAUACGCCGGCGAUAUCCGCAUAUCAAUAACGGCUGAAAUCCUUCUUGAUUACCCCAUGCCCAGCUUUGUUGGACUUCCUCUUAAAUUGAACGUCACCGGCAUUACCUUUGACGGCGUCGCAGUUAUAGCAUAUAUCCGCAAACGUGUUCAUUUCUGUUUCCUAUCUCCCGAAGACGCUGAAGCGCUAGUCGGCACCGGCCCCAAUCUCAAUCAGCAGGAGACUCCUGGUCCAUCUGCUAGUGGAAGUGGAAGUGGCAAUCCAAACCCACAUCAAAAGGGCCUUGGUCUACUACAGGAAAUUCGAGUUGAGAGCGAAAUCGGCCGCAAAGAAGACGGAAAACAGGUUCUCAAAAACGUGGGCAAGGUUGAGCGUUUCGUCCUUGCUCAGGUCCGUCGGAUCUUCGAAGAGGAACUUGUGUUCCCAAGCUUCUACACGUUUCUUAUUUAG